AUACGGACGUAUUUGUAAUUCUUAUGCAAUACUAAUGAUUUAUAUAUGAUACAUAAAAAAUGCAAUAUCGUAGUUCCACGUUAAGGAAGUGAAAAGUUAGCAGAUUGAAAGCGAGGAAUCGUUGCACUACAGAGAUGGACAACUUAUGGCGAUCAAGGCGUGUUGAAGACAAUCCAAAAAUAGUCUUUAUUAUAGGAGGCGCUAUGUUGCUCUUUCAAGGUGGUGCAGUUUGCAUGUAUACAUAUUCCGGUAGUGAUGAAAAUUUUGAAAGGACAACAUUAGUUAAGCAAGGAAAAGUGAUGUGUUGUCUGGCUGUUAUACAGCUAAUCAUAGGAAUUAUCAGCUUAUGCAUAACCAUUGACUUAAGAAGUUACACGCUCCGUUUAGCGUGUUUAUUUUGGAAUGCAUGUGUGCUAUGUGUUGCGUUGAUACUUUCAUUUGAGAUUUUUGAAUACGUUGAGGAAUUGAUGCCGAAAACACUGUAUGUUGCACAGCUUCUUAUAAACAUCAUCGGGGUGAUGGUAUUACAGUGGCAACACCUGAAUGGCGCAUUUUACCCAGACCCGGAUAAAAAAGAGGAGUAAACGGGAACGUUAUCUGAUAUAAAAGUUUAACAUUUCCAUUGAAUUUGAAUCUGGUUGCUUUAUUCUCAAAUAAAAGAUCAACUAAAAGCCAUAAUAACUAUGCCACUAAAUUACUUAUACCGGUAUAUUGUUGUAUGCACAUUACAUUAAUUUGAUGGUAUAUAUUUGCAGACUAUUACCUAUCAAUAUUGAAAACGUUUACAGAGACAUUAAUUUAGAAAAAGCAAAUAUACAUUUUAUAUUAUUAAAUGAUGUAAAAAUGAAUGCAAUCUCAUUGGUCCAAACAGUAGUCAACAGAACUUUUUAUAGAAUCAUAUUCACUGGGUGAAGUAUCGUAUUCACUGGCUGAAUUGGAUUUUCCCAGUCUAAAAAUAAAUUGAGACUCAUAUUCAAUGACAUAUAUCGUAGACUGUUAAUUACGCGUGCUUAUGAAAUCAGAUUAUUGUUGGGUUUUGUUCUUCAUGGUAUAUUUCUCGAUUAAAAUAUCAUAACUUUAUUAUAAUAGUUAAAAGGUACACCGCAGUGAUGAGUAUAAACUUGAAUUACUCUUGUAUGCGCAACGUUCGCGUUGUUGUUGCACGGCUUACACUUGCGUCUUUUUUCACGCGCUUCAACGAAACAGGCAAAGGUUGCACAUUUAUAAGUUUGUCUUUUUAUGAUUAUUUUUAAUUCUUCCUAUUCAUAUUAUAAAUCGCUAUCGCCUCGGUCAAUAUGUCAUCUGCCGAUGAAUAUCACAUCUUAUACAAUGGCACACUAGUUUAUAAAUGCAUAUCAACAAGGUGCUGAGUCGGAAUUUAAUUUUCAAAUGGCUGUGAAAUACUAGUACACUGUAUUUAACAAUUUAGUGUCCAAAAUGGCUCGCUAAAUACUAGUAUUUAACAUUUAAGCGAUGUCCAAAAUGGCUCGCUAAAUACUAGUAUUUAACAUUUAAGCGAUGUCCAAAUGGCUCGCUAAAUACUAGUAUGUAAAAUUUAAGAAGUGUCCAAAUGGCUCGCUUAAUACCUAAAUACAAGCAUUUAACAUUAAAGUAAUGUCCAAAUGGCACGCUAAAUGCUAGUAUUUAACAUUAAAGUAACAUGAAAAUGACUCGCUAAAUACUAGUAUUUAACAUUUAAGAAAUGUCCAAAUGGUUCGCUAAAUACCUUAAUACUAAUACACUGUAUUUAACAUUUAAGUACUGUCCCAAUGGCUCGCUAAAUGCUAAUAUUUACCGGGCC